UUCCAUUUUAAUUUCAUUUUCAUUUCAUUUUUCUUUUAUUUUCUCAUUUCUCACCUCUCUUUCACAUUUUGUUCCCGCGAUUUUCCGAAUCUCCCAUUCUCAGAUCGCCGCAAAACCUCACUCUCAACGGUUUUUGGUUGACAGGAUUUACACAGUUUUUUCCGUCCUGUGCACCUCAGGAAUUGUCUCUCUGUAGUCGAAAAUGAGUAGCUUGGUUGAAAGGCUUCGCGUACGAUCGGAUCGCAAGCCAGUUUAUAAUCUUGAUGAGUCAGAUGAUGAAGAUUUUUUGCUUAAAAAACCCGGGGCAAGUCAGGAAAAGUUUGAGAGGAUUGAUAGAAGUGAUGCGAAAGAGGAUUUAUGUCAAGCAUGUGGUGAAAGUGGAGAUCUCCUGAGUUGUGCAACUUGCAACUAUGCUUACCAUUCUAGUUGUUUACUUCCACCACUUAAAGGUCCUGCUCCUGACAACUGGAGGUGCCCUGAAUGCGUUACCCCCCUUAUUGAUAUUGAUAAGUUAUUAGACUGUGAGAUGCGCCCUACUGUAGAGGGUGAUGGUGACGCUGACAGUGACGCUGCAAAGUCUGGGUCAAAGCAAAUUUUUGUUAAACAAUAUCUUGUUAAGUGGAAGGGACUAUCAUAUCUGCACUGUGCUUGGGUGCCAGAGAAAGAGUUUCUGAAAGCUUUCAAGAGUCAUCCUCGCCUGAAGACCAAAGUGAACAACUUCCACCGUCAAAUGGCAUCCUCCAAUACGUCAGAUGAAGACUUUGUUGCAAUUCGUCCUGAAUGGACCACAGUUGAUCGAAUAAUUGCUUGCAGGGGUGAUAACGAUGAGAGGGAAUAUCUGGUGAAGUGGAAAGAGCUUCCAUAUGAUGAAUGUUAUUGGGAAUCUGAGUCUGAUAUUUCUGCAUUUCAGCCGGAAAUAGAAAGAUUUAAUAGAUUUCGUUCUAGAUCGAGCAAACUUGCUUCCAUCAAGCAACAAAGCCGUGUUAAUGAUGACAAUGAAUUGAAGAAACAGCAGAAAGAAUUUCAUCAGUAUGAACAUAGCCCUGAGUUUCUUUCAGGUUCUCUACACCCAUAUCAGCUUGAAGGCUUGAACUUCUUACGAUUCUCUUGGUCCAAGCAAACACAUGUUAUACUUGCUGAUGAAAUGGGACUUGGAAAAACUAUACAAAGUAUUGCUUUCUUAGCAUCCCUUUUUGAAGAGGGUGUCUCUGCACAUCCACAUCUGGUGGUUGCUCCACUUUCAACACUGCGAAACUGGGAACGUGAAUUUGCAACAUGGGCCCCUCAAAUGAAUGUUAUUAUGUAUGUUGGAUCUGCCCAAGCUCGUAGUGUUAUCAGAGAAUAUGAAUUUUACUUUCCCAAGAAACUGAAGAAGAACAAGAAAAAGAAAUCUUUAGUUAGUGAAAGUAAGCAUGACAGGAUUAAGUUUGAUGUCCUUUUGACAUCAUAUGAGAUGAUCAACUUAGACACAACAUCAUUAAAACCUAUAAAAUGGGAGUGCAUGAUAGUUGAUGAAGGUCACCGCCUCAAAAAUAAGGAUUCAAAAUUAUUUUCUUCAUUGAAGCAAUAUUCUACCAGACAUCGUGUGCUCUUGACUGGAACUCCUCUUCAGAACAACUUGGAUGAACUUUUUAUGCUUAUGCAUUUCCUUGAUGCGGGGAAGUUUGCAAGUUUAGAGGAAUUCCAAGAAGAAUUCAAGGAUAUCAAUCAAGAGGAACAGAUUUCAAGGCUUCAUAAAAUGCUGGCCCCGCAUCUUCUGCGAAGAGUGAAGAAAGAUGUCAUGAAGGAACUACCUCCUAAAAAGGAACUUAUUCUACGAGUGGAUUUGAGCAGCAAACAGAAAGAAUAUUAUAAGGCAAUUUUGACCCGUAAUUAUCAGAUAUUAACCCGCCGUGGUGGUGCACAGAUUUCUCUUAUCAACGUUGUUAUGGAACUGCGUAAGCUCUGUUGUCAUGCUUACAUGUUAGAAGGAGUUGAGCCAGAUAUUGACGAUCCAAAAGAAGCAUUCAAGCAAUUGCUGGAAUCAUCAGGGAAGUUGCACUUGCUGGACAAGAUGAUGGUGAAGCUUAAAGAACAAGGACAUAGAGUUCUCAUAUACUCCCAGUUUCAGCACAUGCUUGAUUUGCUUGAAGAUUACUGCUCUUACAAGAAAUGGCAUUAUGAAAGGAUAGAUGGCAAGGUUGGUGGGGCUGAAAGACAAAUACGGAUAGAUCGUUUUAAUGCCAAAAAUUCUUCAAGAUUUUGCUUUCUUCUUUCUACAAGAGCCGGGGGUUUGGGAAUAAACCUUGCAACUGCUGACACAGUUGUUAUUUAUGACAGUGAUUGGAAUCCUCAUGCUGACCUACAAGCAAUGGCUAGAGCUCAUCGACUUGGACAAACUAACAAGGUGUUGAUUUAUAGGCUUAUAACACGGGGAACGAUUGAAGAAAGGAUGAUGCAAAUGACUAAGAAGAAAAUGGUGUUAGAACACCUUGUUGUAGGGAGGCUAAAGGCUCAAAAUAUCAACCAGGAAGAGUUGGAUGACAUCAUACGAUAUGGCUCAAAGGAGUUAUUUGCAGAUGAGAAUGAUGAAGCAGGAAAAUCCCGUCAAAUCCAUUAUGAUGCAGCUGCUAUCGACAGGUUGCUGGAUCGUGACCAAGUUGUAGAUGAAGAAACUACUUUGGAUGAUGAAGAUGAAGAUGGAUUUCUGAAGGCCUUUAAGGUUGCAAAUUUUGAGUAUGUUGAUGAGGCUGAGGCUGCUGCAGAGGAGGCAGCACAAAAAAGAGCAAUGGAAACCGCUAACAGUUCAGAUAGAACACAUUAUUGGGAAGAGCUGUUAAAAGACAAGUUUCAGGAGCAUAAAGUUGAGGAAUUUAAUGCUUUGGGAAAAGGGAAGAGAAACCGCAAAUUGAUGGUUUCUGUUGAGGAGGACGACCUUGCUGGUCUUGAAGAUGUAAGCUCUGACGAAGACGACAAUUAUGAAGCAGAGCUUACUGACGGUGAUUCAAAUUCCACUGGAACUACUACUACUAGAAGGCCGUAUAAGAAAAAAGCACGUACAGCGGAUAGCACAGAGCCGCUUCCUCUGAUGGAAGGUGAAGGAAAAGCAUUCAGAGUACUUGGUUUUAAUCAAAGUCAGAGGGCUGCCUUUGUGCAAAUUUUGAUGAGGUUUGGGGUUGGUGAUUUUGAUUGGAAAGAGUUUACUUCGCGCAUGAAACAGAAGACUUACGAAGAAAUCAAAGACUAUGGAACCCUUUUCUUGUCUCAUAUUGCUGAAGACAUAACCGAUUCCUCUACAUUCACAGACGGUGUUCCAAAAGAAGGACUCCGAAUCCAAGAUGUGCUUGUUAGGAUUGCAGUCCUGCUCUUGAUAAGGGACAAAGUGAGGUUUGCAUCAGAACAUCCUCAAACUCCACUGUUUUCAGAUGACAUCUUAUUACGCUAUCCAGGUUUGAAGGGUAUAAGGAAGUGGAAGGAGGAGCAUGAUUUUAUGCUACUACGUGCUGUGUUAAAGCACGGGUAUGGAAGGUGGCAAGCUAUUGUUGAUGAUAGGGAUCUGAAGAUUCAGGAGAUCAUCUGUCAGGAGUUGAAUCUUCCCGUUAUAAAUUUACCAGGACCAGGACAAGUUGGCUCUCACGUACAAAAUGGUGCAAAUGUUGCAAAUGCAGAAAUACCCAGCAAUGAAUCCAGGGAAAAUGGUGGAAGUGGCAUAGCAGCCGAUGGUGCACAAGGUUCUGGUGAUGCUAAGAACCAAACACAGCUAUAUCAAGACUCGUCCUUAUAUCAUUUUAGAGACAUGCAGAGAAGACAGGUUGAGUUUGUAAAAAAGAGGGUUCUUCUUUUGGAAAAGGGGCUAAAUGCCGAGUACCAGAAAGAAUAUUUUGGUGAUCCAAAAGCUGGUGAAGUAACCAAUGAAGAACUUAAAAGUGAACCCAAGUCUACCACUAUUCCAAGUUUUAUAUCAGUAGAUACUGACACCCAAAUGAUUGAUCAAUUGCCACAAGUAGAAAUAAUAGCUCCAGAAGAUGUUUCGGUUGUUUGUGAUAGUGAUUCAAAUCGACUGGAAUUAGUUCGACUUUACAAUGAGAUGUGCAAAGUAGUUGAGGAAAACCCUAUGGAUUUAGUUCAAUCGUCAUCGGCAAGAGAACCGGCAGAGGUCAAUGCGGUGAAGAAGUGCCCGCCACUAGAAACCAUCUGUGAAGAUAUCAACAGAAUUCUAACACCCACAGCAGAACAACCUGUUGCAGAAACUCCAGUAUUAAAUUCAGAUAACAAAUCGGAGGAAAUAUCACACAUUGAAGUUUUGGGGUCCAAAUCACCGCCUAACCCUCAAAAUGACCUUAAACGUGAUUCUUUAGCAAACGACGAUGCAAAAGAUAUGGUAGUAGACUCUGCGGAGAAAAAGGAAAGUAAUACAGCAAUGGAUGAAAGUAGCAAUGCUGAGUUGAAUGAGGACACAUAAUUCUGACGCCGGAGUUGUUGUAUUGGAUGAGUAAACGCAAUAUCUAGGUGACAGAUAUUUGUUGUACCAUGUAUGCUGUAUCAUAUCUGUCUUACUCAACAUUUUUUAACUCGUCAAAAGUGAAGUAGAUUAAAAAGCAUAUGCGGUAACUUAUAAAAAAGAGAGCUAAUCCGUUAGUUCUUUAAUCCCUUGCAGCCGAGUACAUGUGAAAUGAUUAGAUUUCGUACCUUAUUACUACAAGGUUUUUAUUUUUAAAUUGAGGAUCAUGAUCAAGUGUAUACUUUCCUACAAUGUAGCACUUUAGCAUUGAUUUCUAGUUUUCUAUUCUGUGGGAGCAGAUAAUUAAUGGAAUUUUAUAAAUUUAAGGCA